AUGAAGUUCUCUCUCCUUACCGUUACCCUCAGCACUCUUGCUGCCGCCUCGCCCACUCCUGAAAUGGAGCAUGAGAAGCGCGCUCUAGGCCUUCUCAAGCCCAAGACUAGCAAUAUCCCUUUCACCUUCACCUCCACCUACGAGAUCACUGCUACUCCCAACCAAGUCGUCGACGCCGAGAACAAGUUCACUGGCGGACUCAAGAACAGUCACGGUCUGUUCAAGUACGGUAUCAACUCGCACGAGGACAUCAUCUGCUUCAACAUCACCCUCUACGGCUUCCGCGGCGAGUACGAGUCUCUCGCCAACACAGCUACCCACAUUCACGAAGGUGUCAAGGGCAAAGCUGGACCCCCACGAAUUGCCUUCCCUAACCCUGUCGGAAACGACAAGUUCCGGAACUCUGUUGGUUGCCUCAAGGGCCCAUUCCGCACUGGCAUCAAGGCAAACGGCCAGGACACUGGUGUCGGUUUCACUGUUGCGCAGAUUGAGAAGAACCCCGCGAAGUUCUUCACCGACUCGCACUCCAGCCUUGCCGUUCCCGGUGCUUUCCGAGGACAGCUGGAUUCUGGCAAGAAGUGCUAA